AUGACCCAGGGUACUAAGCUUGACGCCAGGAUCACACCCAACAUUUGGCCAACUGAGGGUUAUUAUCUUUGGCAGGGACAGUUAUCAAAUGAUGAGCUCAAAUUGCAAGACGGCGAUAAAGUCUUGAUUGAAAUAAUACCCGAAAAUGGUUGGGUGAAGGUGAAGAAAACAGGUGUUAGUCUGGUAUGGGACAAAUUUAUGAACGAAAAUAUGAUUGAUUACCAUCUUUGUGAGUAUGAACGACGCCCAUAUCUGGUCAAUGAUGAUGUCAUCAUUCAUGUCGAGUAUGAUUUUCACAUAACAAAAUCACCAGACUUUUCAAAAUUCCCAAAUCUCGAGAAGUUGAUAUUGAAAGGUUGUCAGAAGUUGAUUAAGAUUCACUCAUACAUCGGGGAUCUCGGAAGACUUUCUUUGGUAAAUCUUGAAGGCUGCAACAAUCUAAAGGAUCUCCCACUGAAUUUCUAUAAAUCCAAGUCUAUUGAAACUCUUAUACUGAAUGGUUGUUCAAGAUUUCAAAACUUGGCCGAUGGCUUAGGGGACAUGGUAUCAUUGACAAUUUUGGAAGCAGAUAAGACAGGCAUCAGACAAAUCCCAAGUCUCGCCAGUCUUUCAAAGCUCAAGGUCUUGUGUUUAAAUGGAUGCAGAGAACUUCUUGCAAUCCCAGAUUUACCAACCAAUUUGUAUGUUCUGAAAGCAACUGGCUGCCCACAAUUGGAAACAAUUUCAGAUUUUUCAAAAAUGUCGAAUAUGAGAGAAUUGUAUCUAAGUGAUUCGUUCAAACUCACUGAGGUUCCAGGCUUGGAUAAGUCAUUAAACUCCAUGACAAGGAUUCAUAUGGAAGGCUGCACCAACACACACACACACACACACACAAUUGUGCAGAGAUGGACUUCUUGCGGAUUUGGUGGAAUUUAUUUGAAAGGAAUUUAUGAUAUUCCUGAGUGGUUCAAAAUCGUCAAUGAUGUGGGCAAUAUCGUAUUCUUUGAAGUUCCUCAAAAAAUCAUGGGUCGUGAUUUAAAAGGGUUGACUAUAUGCUUCGUUUACUAUUAUCUUGUUUUUGGCCCAAAACUUGAAGAUUCUGAAGGUCCUAUUGGCAUUAUUGUUAGAAAUCUUACCAAACAAACUGCUUUGCACGCCAAGAUAGCAUUUGCCAGAUACCGAAGACCAGAACCCCAUUCGUUUUUGUCAAACGAACCUGAAAACGAUUAUCUUUGGCAGGGACAAUUGUCAAACGAUGUGCUCUGUUUGCAAGGCGGGGACCAAGUCUCCAUUCUUGUAAGGCCUCUAGUUGAUUUUGUGAUAGUGAAGAAGACAGGGGUUCAUCUAGAAUGGGACAAAGUCAUGAAGGAAAAAAUGGAUAAUCCGGAUCCUCAUUUGUAUGAUUUGGAAACAAAUCGGGAUUUUUUGUCAUUGUCUAUCAUGGAAAAUCUGGAUUUUUCUGGAGGAGCUGAUGAUGGGGCAGGACGGAGCCAUGGUGCAUCUAAUCAACCGAGUGCUGUAGAUAAACAAUUAGAAUGGGACGGAAGUCAUGAAGGAUCUAACUCACCCCUGAAUUAG